CUGCCACAUUUCUGCCCUUGAAGAACAAGAAGAAGAGAGUCGUUUUCAGAUCCGUGACACGAGCGGCCCCGCUCCCCACCCCACAGCAAUGGCAGUAUAACGGCGUGCAGCGGCCCAACCAGCAGCGGCAAACCCGGCAGUGCAGCGGCGAAUUGCACUGGCUUUAUAUUUGGCAAACAUGGCGUCCCUCAAGGCAACCCUCAGCACUGCUGCAGUCGACAGCACAGAAGACCGGCUCGACUCCCCGUCACCAGCAGACCCCUCGGCGCCCCCCCUCUCUCUGCCCGCCUUGUUGCUCUGCCCCGCGCUGACCAGCCAUGCUGUCGCUGAGCGCCCGCCUGGGGCUGGAGGAGCCCCUGUGGGACCAGCCGUUUCUGACGGCUGACUCCCUGGGCUCCCUCCUGGGUGAAGAGCCUCUGGAGGGGGCGCCUUCGACCCCCUCCGAUGCCUCUCUCUCUCCCUCCUCCUCUCCCUCUUCCCCCUCUCUCUUCGGCUGCCCCUCUCUGGGCAAGGCUGAUGAUGACCUGGGCCUCCACUGGCUGUCCACUGGCACGCUGCUGGACGCCACCGCUGUGAGCAGCGGGAAAGAGUCGGAGGAUGCCUUCUCCGGCAUGGAUUGGAUGGCGGAGAAGAUUGACCUGAGCGAGUUCGACCUGGAUUCCCUGAUGGGCUCCUGCGCGUCGGACGACCCUCCCAGCUCACCGGAGGAGCUCAUCGCUUCCUUGGAGAACGACCUGGACCUCGACCUGGACCCCCUCCCUCUCCCCGACCCCCUGCCCGCGGUCGGCGCCGGCGGCCCCCUCGUCCUCUCCGACACCCAGCAGGACGUGGCCGUUGCCCUGCCUGAGCUCCUGCUGCCCCUCCCCCUCCCCCUGGGGGGGUCCGUAUCGGAGCCCCUAGCCCCGGCGGAGCCCGAGAUCAAGAACGAGCCCGCGUCCCCCCCUUCCCCUCCGGAGCCCACCUUCACCCUGGAGCUGGGCAGCGAGGUGGACGUGUCCGAGUGCGAGAGGCUGGGCGCCGGCCCCCCGAAGCUGGCCGUCCUGACCCUGUCCGCCAACCAGCUCGUCCUCGUCCUGUCCGCCAAGGGGGAGACGCCACCCCCGGACGACGGCUGCCCCUCGGACAGCGACAGCGGGAUCGGCUCCGGCUGGGGCUCCCCGCGGCGCAGCCCCGGCCCCGAGGGCGGCCCCACCCCCCCGCCGGCGGCGGCGGCGGGCUCGGCCAGGGCCCAGCCCUACCCCUGCCCCUCCCCGGCCCCCCAGGACGGGCCGGCGCUGACCGGCAAGGUCAAAUCCGCCGGCGCCCCCAGGGUGGUGGAGAAGAAGCUGAAGAAGAUGGAGCAGAACAAGACCGCGGCCACCCGCUACCGCCAGAAGAAACGGGCCGAGCAGGAGGCGCUGGGCGUGGAGUGCGCCGAGCUGGAGAAGAGGAACAAGGAGCUGGCGGAGAAGGCCGACUCCAUCAGCAAGGAGAUCCAGUACCUGAAGGACCUGAUCGAGGAAGUGCGCAGCGCCAAGAGCAGGAAAGGCCGGAGCGCUGCCCCCCCCUGAGAGGGAGACGGCCGAUUGUCGUUGGUACAUUCGCGUUUGGUUCAGUUGUCAUUUGUCAGCGCCAAAACAGUCCUCCCCCCCCCCCACCUCCAACUUCAGUGAUAUUAAUUUCUCUGUUCCGAAUAAACCAUAAACCAUUUUUCACAGCCUUGAUAUUCAGCCUUUUAAUUCUCUCAGCAUAAUGGAUCACGCGUUCAACCCAAAUGAUGAAUAUGGGGCUUCCCCACCCCUCCUCUUUCUUCUUCAUUCGUUCAUGACUUGAGUCGUUCUGUACAGAGGUCUUCACUUAUUGUUUUUGCCUCAAUGUUAUUUAAUAGAAGUUGGCGUGCUUUUUGUCUGUAUAUAUAGUGACCUGUACUGCCCCAGGCCUUGUACAAACAUGCAUUUGGUGUUUUUCUGCAUAACGUUUUUUUUUUCUAAUAAAGCACUUAACAAAACGUUCA